CCACAAAUUCUCCGCUCAUCUUCCGCUAACUAUGUCGACUGCUUUCCAUUGAUGUUUUGAUUCGCGCGAUCAAUCCUCCUCUUAAGCCUCCGGUAUUUGAGGCACAGAUAUGCUAACACAUCCAGAUAUUUUGUGAAUUAUAACAACAAUGGAGGAUACUCAGAAUCGGCCAGCUGGGAAGAGGGACUAUCCCGUUAUUGCUCCUAAAAGCAGAAGACAAAAGACUACAAGAAAACUUCAGAAAAUUAGGUUCAAGAGAAGUUUAAAUCCAAAUCGUAGCUGGGGGUCAUUAGGUAAGGGGCAUGAUGUCACCUCUGUCUAUGAUAUGAAACUGGCAAAGCUGAGGAGCAACAACCGAGCCCUUGCAAAAGCUUUAGCAUCACAGAAAAUUGAAACACAACAUUGGUAUAAUAAAGUGAUUUCGCUAAAAGCAGAGUUACAAGAUGCCCAGGAGUUACUCCGAAGUGGUAAUACAGAUAAUGAUGCAGCAGUUGAACGGGAGGUGGAACAGCGUCUAAGAGAAUACAGUGAACCAUUCAAUGCUGCCAUUAGUGAGUCCAUGCAAAAUGUACUGGUGGUAGUGGAGAGUCUGACCAAGUUAAAAGGCUUGGCUGGAGGGGCUCUGAAGAAUCGUCGCAGCCGUUCCUCUAGUUCUUCCCGCAAAUCCUCAUCUGCCUUCUCAUUACCCCGUACUUCAGGUUCUAGGUUACCAUUAGCUCCUACAGGAAGCAACAGCUCUCCACGGCAGAGUGUGGUACGCCCUAUGGUGGGAGGUCUGGUACUCCAACCAGCAAGGGUUGCUAUUCCCAAGUUAGAUCUUACAUGGAGAAGAAGAUUACAGGAAAGGUUAGAAGCACGCCAGGACCUGGACUUGAGCAUUAUUGGUGAACAGUCUAUAAAUCAUGAAGAAGAGGAGAUCUCUAGCCAGAAUGAUGCACAAGCUCAAAAUAAUUUUGACCUUAACUUGUCAAGUAGAGUUGAAGAAUCUGAAAAUUCAGAACUUGAAAAUCGUUCAUAUGACGAUAGCAUUGCUAGUCAGAACUCGUCAGUGGAUGAAGUGCAACCUCCAGAAGAACCAGAAGGCUCUCAAAGGAGGAGGAGAUCAGCAGUGAAUAAUACACCAGAAAGUCCAAGAGGGAGUGGUAGAAGAGGUGGCAGAGGCCGAGGGAGAGGGAGAAAGGGAGACUCCUCAAAUGCUCGAAGCAACUCUACUGCUACCAUCAAAGAAAAGCCAGAUACCACAUCCAGUACUGAAGUUCAGGGAGGUGAUGUGUCAGAUCGUCAGCCAGAAGAGACAUCACAUUGUCCAAGUCAACAGGAGGAGGAUCCAUUGGAAGGACCUAGUUGGUGGUACACGGAUCUAGAAAGUGGUUCCCGAGGCUGUAGGCAUGGUGAUAGCGGAAGGAGAAGUCGUCAGAGGAGUUCUGGAAAACACUCUCCUGGCAUUAAUUUAGCAAUGGAAUCAUCUAGUGAAAGUGAAUGUGAUGACUUACCAUCUCGUAAACCCAAGGUAUUGGAGAAAAGCUCUGCUGGACUUCAAAGCCCACAGGCUAACAUAAAGCCUUCUUGUGCCUCGCUAGAAGUAAAUAAGAGUCCAAGAUUAUCUUUAGACCAUAGUUACCUUGCUUCACCUGCUAGCAUGUUGGCCAGAUUGGAAAACUUAGAAGCUAAAGCAGGGCGUCGAUCAAAAGCUCGGUCAAGAGGCAUGUCACUUCGGGGGAGCGUAGAAGAUGGUGGUAGGCCAAGUGAGGUUGGAUCUGAAGGUGGGCGAAGGCUCACUCGGCGAAGGACAGAAAUACAGAGAAAUAGUUUAGAAGCUGAUUCUGUAAAAAAUGAGGAUGACUCUUUCAAUCUAAAGCUAGAGGAAACCUUGCUGGAGACUGGGGAUGAUAUCAAAGUGGAAAGUCAAGAAAGUGAUUCAGUUCUAAUGCCUCCACCAAGAAUGCCAUUACCUGUAGUUGAGAAAGACUAUCUUAUCACUGAUAAUGACUUAACAUGCAUUGGUGAUGUUAGUAUGGAUAUGACUGAACCAUUAUCAAAGAUAAUAGGCCAAGCAGCAGUAGAUAUACAUAAAGAAGAUACAAAAAUUGAGAGAAGAUUUUUCAAAACACAAACCCCAGAUUUACCUGGAUCACCAAAAGCAGAAGGUACAGAGAAAACUCCAUUUGAUCUUUCUCUAAUGGAUGCCACUGUAGUGACUAUACCUCCAUAUUCUUCCCAAAGGUCCUUGGAGAAAGAAAAUUUACCACCUCAUUUUGAUGGUGAGAAUAGUAGAGUAGAAAAAACUGAGUCUGUAAAUUUGAGGAGAGUAUCAGUAGUUCUAGAAGAUGUUAUGAAAUGUCCAGAUUUGCCAGAUAAAUACACACCAGAACUGAAGCUUAGUCUAAGUGCACAGACAGUAAAAUCUGGUGGGAACUCUUCAGGGAAAAGUAAAGAUACACUUCCUAAAGCUUCUAAAGCAGAAAGUCCAUUGCUUAAGAAGCCAAAGAAAAGAAAGACAUUAAGAUUUUCUGUUGCACAUGAAGAUGAUGAUGAAGAUGAUGAUGAAAGUUUCUCCCCUAUGAAAGGAAGAAGAAGCCAAAAGGGAAGAAGAAAAAACAGUUCGGUUGGAAUGACACGAGCAAGGAGGUCUACUCUCAGCAGAAGAGCAUCCAGUGUUGACAGUAGUGCUUCUGGGCCUGCAAGAAAACAGCGUAGAAGAAAAAAAGAAUCAGAGGAUGCCAACACACCACAAAACACUCCAGAAACUAGUAUGAUAAGUGAUUUAGAGGAAGAAUCUAAUACAGUGCCAUCUAAAACCAGCUCAGAGGAGGAGGGUAUGACAAAGAUUACACUUCCUGUACAGAAUGAUAUUUCAAAUAAUAAGAAUAUGAAUUUGAAUGACUGUUAUGUGAUGGUACACAGAACCCCAGAAAAAAUUGUCCAACAGUCUGCUGUAAGAUCUGAAGACUCUCUUGUGUUAGAACUAGACAGCACAGCUGAAUUGAACUCCCCAGCUCUGAAGUCACCUGCAAAGUCCCCAACGCUUACACCUCCUGUGAAGUUAGGGAAAAUGGAUAAUUUGAGCAAACAAAUGGAGCUGGUCAUGAAAAAAGCACAGCAAAUGAAAAUGGAUCAAGAUACUGCAGGCUUGGAGGAGAUUUUGGAUCCUUGCGAGAAACCUAAAGAAACCAUGUCCGAAGCAAGUGGAGAAGCUACGAAUGAUGAGCAGAGAGGACCUAGAGAUGCAAAACAGGAUGAUGUAGAGGAAAAACACACAUUAAACUGUGAAGAUCUAGAUAGAAAAGAGAUGGUUGACCUCAAGCAGGAUGUAGAGGAGCCAAGGAGGAAAAGAGGAGCUGCUCUGAAAAUUACGUCUUUCAAGGAACUUAGCCUGAAUUCGAAAAUGCGUAGGCUGACAUCUACCACUGUUGUCAUUAAUGAUGCCAAACCCAAAGCCAAAGGAAGACAGGGCAGCAGGUCUUCCACAUCUUAGAGUCACGAACAAUAUUAGGUCUGUGUAUUUUUAUUAUGCUGUGUUCUGAGAAGUCUGUAUACUACAAGAAAUGAAAACAAGAAAAAGGUUAGAAAUUAAAACAGCCUGAAAAGUGAAUAUGUAGAUUUCAUGGUCUAGAUAUUUUACAUAAGAUUAGACUAAAAAAUAAAUACAUAUUUAGAAAUAUAUAUUUCAGAUAGCAACAUGAAGCAUAUUUUUCAAAUAGUUCAACUAUGAUGUGAUCAACAUAUAAUCACUGUUAUGUGUAUAAACCUUAAAUACUAGCUGUUCAUGCCCUGCAAUUAAUGGGCAACUAAUUCAUAAAUAAAUUAUUUUGUAAAUAAAACUUUGGUCUGCCCAAUUUGGCCACAAGAUUACUUUGUCACUGCACUUUACUAAUAGAAAACAUUUCCUCGAUUUUCAUCAUUUUUGUCUGAGUGAGGCACAGCAUAAUGGACUGUCUUGUUCUUGCAAGGAAUUGUGAGUUUAGCAAUAUUGUUGAUGCAUUUGAUCAUUUUUAAAAUAGUCUUCCCAUAACUUUUUUUUAAAAUUUUAAAUAGGCUGAGGAGGGCUAAUUUUCUUGCUUGGAAGUGGUUGCUCAUUUCUUUUGGAGAGAAACUUAUGAACAUCUGUUGAAUCAAAUUCACUCUUUCAUUUUUGAACUUUCUGUAAUGUCAUGAUUAAACAGGUUCCUUUUUUUAUAGGAGAUGAUCUUUUUAAAAUUAAAUGAUCAAAGUUUCUUUGUUAUAUUUUUAUUAUUAUAUUUUUUGAGGGGUAUCCACAGAAAGUGGAAUCAUUAUUAUUAUUAUUUUAUAAAAUUUGUUUUUUUACAUUUUUAUAUAUUGAUAAUUAUUUUCUCAAAAAGAAUUAGCAGUCUUGACAUGAUUAUUGCUUGGCAGAUUAGCUUCAUUGCAGGGUUUAGCAUAACUAAUUGUUAACCAAAUCAGGGGACUGUUGUUUGUUAAUAUGUGCUUCAUUCCUUUUAAGAAAUAUAUUUCAUAUUAUAAAUGAUUUGUUUUAUAAUACAUUUUAGAAAUAUUUAGUGUGGAUUAAGUGUUUUAAAGAGAUAAUGAUGAUGAUAUGUCAGUUUAAUACCAGCUGCUAAGAAUUACCAUCAAGGUAGACAGAUAUUUCACUAUAGUAUAAGUCCUUGUUUUUACAGAAUAAAUAUUUCCUGAUGCUUCUUCUUCACAUUUAGCUUUAGUUAAAAUGCGAUGAAAAAUGUAAGUAAAGAUUUAGGAAACAAAGAUAUUUUUCUUAAAACUCAGAUAAUGAUGAUUUAUGAAAGAGCCAAUACACAUCACAAUCUGCAGCAGUUACAUCUUUUACAAAUGUUUUUAGAAAUGAGAUUAUGAUUUAUAUUUGUAUUGUACAAUAAUGAAUCAUUUGCUUCCUUUGUAAAGUAUUAGGAUAUAAGCCCUUAUAUUCAAAUUCCAAAACAAGGGAGCAUGGGCAUAUUUACCUUUGUUUUCAGUUAAACAUUAUUCUAAUAAGGAAUACUACUGCUUAAGUGUCUCAUGAAUUGUGUUCUCUGUUGUAGUUUGAAGUGAUCUUAUGAAAGAGAAUCUUAGUUAAUGCUAUAAUUUUUCUUGGAGAGAAAAUGAUUUUUGUGAAGUGAGAAGAAUCUUGAUUAUGUUAGUGUUAUUGAUUGGUGUUGAUAUGAAAGUGGUAAUAUUAGACAGAUGGCACGUGUUGAAUGUUCUUUGGUAAUUAUGUACCUUAUCUUUGAUACUGAACUUUUUGUCUUCACUUCUACAUUUGUUGGCUAUUUUCACAUCCAGAUUGCAUAAUCCAUGCACUUGCAAAGUUUUUUUUUUAGUUUGAAUAAUGGAAUAUAUGUUUUUUUUUCAGUGAUUUGUAUUGGCUUAAAAAAUGGACAGAUUUUUCCUUCAACAUCUGUUAAUUGAUAUGUGGAAUUACAUUUUUUUAUGCGUGAAAAGAGAUGCUCAUUAGAAGAAGAAAGAGGUAUGCAAAGUAUGUAAGAAAGUUGUAAAUUUGUGGAAGUGUAUUAUUUUCUAAGAGAAAUAAAAACACAGGAGAAAUCCAAAUGAAAAAAGAAAAGUUUCAGUGGAUUUUUUUUUGUAAAGGCACAGGAAUUUGAAGUAAGGCUGAUGAAGAUGAUAACUGACAAAUAUUGAUGUUAAGAGAAAUAAGCUGACUUUUUAAAAAUGGUGUUUAUAUAUAAAAAACACCAACAAAGAAACAAAAUUAAAAGACUAUUUGGGUAUACAUAUUCAGAAAGGAAUUAUAGUUUUUAAGUGUGUUCUUCGUACACAAAAAUCUUUAAUCAACUUUAAUAUACUUUACAAAUUCACAGUUUAACCAGGCAUAACAAGAAUGGAUUUAAGUGUGAAAGCAAUUGUGUGGGGUUGUGAGAAAGUUGCAGCUAUGUGGGGAGCAAAAGAGCUUUUUGUUAAUGAUUGGAACUAUUAUAUUCUUUUAAUAUAGACUACUGUACCUUUUAAAAACAUCUUUUAUUAAUAUCUGCUUGGUUUAGGAGUUGCAGAACCUCAUAACUGGAGAAAGAUCUGAAAAGGAGGAUCAAGGUCAAUUAAAAAGGAAAUCCUUGAGUACCGUUAGCUGCACACCAGUGAGUUUCCUUUAAUUGUAUUAUGUGCAAAUUGAAUCCUAUAAAAGAUGAGCCAUAACAUCUAAUGUUUUCAACAUGUAUAUUAUUUUCAAAAGGCCAUACUUAUCUUAAAAAGUUGUAUUCAGUGUUGUAGAAAUCCAGUUAUGUGGCAUUGGACAAAAGAGGCCAUUCUUUUGAUGUAUUUUGUUUUAUUUAGUAAGAUAGUCCAGAUUUUAAUUGUACAAAAGGGUUGUUCAGACCUGACACCUUACCAUGUAUAGUGUAUGAUUUGUUAUUAUGAAGUGCUGCUCUCACAUGAACUAAGUUGUAAGAUUAAAUGGAAGUACUAUUGAUAAUAGAUACUCAAGAAAUUUGAUCUAGAAUUGUUUAUGGAAAAGUUGGGCGGCAUUUGUCUCAUACAGAAAUAUAGUAAACUUAUUACGUACUUGGAGAAAUAGAGGAUUGAUUGAUGGAAUUGAAUAAAAUUGUCAUUAUUUUUUUUCUAGUAUCACUGCAUAUUUAUUGUAAUGCAUGUCAGUUCGUUAAAUGUUUGGGAUAUCAAUGAACUUAGCUUUAAGUUUGAAAAUUCAACCAAAAAUAAACCUUUUUUUUUUAUUUUUUAAACCUUGUUUUGAUGCAUUUAAAGAAUAUUUAUUUUCUAUUUAUGUUUGUUACUUUCCAUUCAAUUUCUUGUCUUCAGCCUCUGGCAAAUAAACAUCUCUGUCUUAUUA